GGUAGCUCCGGGUUUGAGCGAAGGCGAGCGCCUGGGCUCCGGGAGCCGGUGAGGCAACAUCCGGGAGAGGGGACACCGGACCCCCGGUUUCCCCUGUCGGGCCCCCUCACUCCAGCGCCCUCAGUCCACACAGGCCGAAAGCCCGCAGGCGGCCGUCGGCUGGACUGCACCGACAGGAGGCCUCCCACCUGCCGUCCACUUGAAGGUCCCCAGCUGCUUCACGGACUGCCAGUGUGAGAAGCUGCCUGUUGCAAGGUCACCCAGGGGCUACCUGCCCCUACACUGCCAGCCCCCAGCAUGCAGGGCGCUGUAACACCACCGUCAGCCCGCAGCCGCUCCUCAGUCUCUACCCAGGAAAGGUCCUCCACUGUAGGCCACACUUCAAGCACAAUCCCACAGCCCUCAAAGCCCUUGAUCGCACUUAUCCCCCCAAGGUCAAAAAACCCAAGUUCUGGCACCAGUUUCCAUCGGAUGCGCCGGAUCAUUGCUGAGAAUGCUGAGUGGUCACUGGCCAUUGUGCCCCUCCUCACAGAGCUCUGCCUUCAGCACAUUGUCAAGAACUUCCAGAAAAACCCAGUCCUGAAGCAGCUGCUCCCAGAGCACCAGCAGAAGGUCCUGAACCACCUGUCCCCUGACCUGCCGCUGGCGGUGACCGCCAACCUAAUAGACGAUGAGAACUACUGGCACCGCUGCUGCGUGCAGCGCUGGCCCGUGUGCGACGUGGCCCGGCACGGCGGCAGCUGGAAGCACAUGUUCUUCGAGCGGCACCUGGAGAACCUGCUAAAGCACUUUAUCCCGGGCACCACGGACCCCGCCGUCAUUCUCGACUUGGUGCCGCUCUGCAGGAACUACGUGCGCAGGAUCCGUGUGGAUCAGUUCCUUCCGCCCGUGCGGCUCCUGCCCCCGCCCCGGCCGGGGGACCAGUCGGACUCCGGCAGCGAGGGCGAUGCGGAGGAGCCCGCCAUGGACCACUACCAGCUGGGUGAUCUGGUGGCUGGCCUGAGACACCUGGAGGAGCUGGACCUGGUGUACGGUGUCAAGGACUGUGGCAUGAACUUCGAGUGGAACCUCUUCCUCUUCACCUACCGCGACUGCCACUCCUUGGCGGCCACCAUCAAGGCAUGCCACACCCUCAAGAUCUUUAGACUGACCCGAAGCAAGGUGGACGAUGACAAGGCACGCAUCCUAAUUCGAAGCCUCCUGGACCACCCAGCCCUCGAGGAGCUGGACCUGUCACAUAACCUCAUCGGGGACCGUGGUGCACGAGGUGCUGCCAAGCUGCUGAGCCACAGCCGCCUGCGUGUGCUCAACCUGGCCAACAACCAGGUGCGUGCGCCCGGCGCCCAGUCACUGGCUCAUGCUCUGGCGCACAACACCAACCUCAUUUCCCUCAACCUUCGCCUCAACUGCAUCGAGGAUGAGGGCGGCCAGGCUCUUGCCCACGCUUUGCAGACCAACAAGUGCCUCACCACGCUGCACCUCGGUGGCAAUGAGCUGUCGGAGCCCACCGCCACACUCCUCUCCCAGGUGCUGGCUGUCAACACCACGCUCACCAGUGUCAACCUCUCCUGCAACCACAUUGGGCUGGACGGUGGGAAGCAGCUCCUAGAAGGCAUGUCAGACAACAAGACUCUCCUGGAGUUUGACUUGCGCCUGUCAGAUGUGGCCCAGGAAAGCGAGUACCUCAUCAGCCAGGCCCUCUGUGCCAACCGAGAGGCAGCCCGCCAGCGGGCCUUGAAUCCCAGCCACUUCAUGUCACCAAACACUGCCGAUGGCCCUGAGAACUCUGCAGGAUAAGGUGGGGAAUGGGGCCGGGGCAGUGCCCCAGCCCCAUUUCUCAUUUCAUGCCUUUGUCAUGCCUGCUGCAGAGUCACACUGGUUCAGAGGGAGGGGGAAAGGAGCCCACGCAUAUCCUUGGAGUGAGUGAUCAAGGGUUGUAUGGGUAAAGAUGUGAGGUGGGGGAAGGGAGCCUGGGAUGGGGGAAGAAGAGGUAUGAAGUAGGACCCAGCCCCUUGCCCAGGGACCCCCACAAAUGACCAACUUCUUCCAGGGAUAGGGAAGUCAGAAAGGAUUCUGAGGAACUAUGCCUGCUCCGACUCUCCCGUGGGGCUACCCACCUCCCUAACCCCCUGCCCCCUCCCCAACAUUUUCCUCUGCACUGAACAGAUCCUUGACCUUCAAACACACACACUCUCUCCUCUGGCUACAGCGGAACCAUGCCUGACUCUCUCUGCCACCCUUACCCCUGCAGAUGCCACCUCCCUGUUGCUUUACUCUGCUUUAAGUGAUCCAGUUCUACAGGCCAUGCCAUCCCCUAAUCCCCCAACCUGGGAAGAGGAUAACAGAGGUGACCGGAGGGGCUCAGAUCCAGUGGCUUCCCUGGGGAGGCAACUGUAGAUGACAACAGCUAGGGAAGGAUGGCACUAUGCCUGCCAUCCAUCCCAAAGAGCUUCCCACAAGACGGAGGAGAUAGGGAAAGAAGUGCCACACUGGGCAGGAAAGUCAGUGAGUCAUCCACAACUUUAUUAUCCACCAGUUUGAUUUGUACAAUCUUUGCGCUUGGAAAUCCACAACAGAAAGGCCACAGUGUGAUGCACCCAAUUGACAGAGACCUGUCUUCUCCCCAGCCAGGCCCAGGCCACCCCAUAAACCCUUGUCCCCAGGACACUUGGAGCCUUCCAGGUGCCCUCCAUGAGUCUCCAUCGCUGUGUGGCUGCCCACCCUGGGCCCACACCCACAGGAAUCACAUCAGCCUACGGGGCCACAAGAGGACCGGAUGGAUUCAGGCUGAGCCCCAUCCCCCACCCUCCUUGGGCUGAGUGGCCCAGAAUCUCCAGACCCAUGUCCCCAAAGGGUGGAUCAAGGAAUGUCUGCUCUCCAGGGACUCCUUCCAACAAGCAGGCGCUGAGCAGAGCACCAAAGGGGACUUGGGAGUGACUGCGUGUGUGUGCCUGUCUGGGCAACCUAGAGUCUGUCUGUGCCUGACACCCUCUGACAGUUCCAGAGUGCAAACGUGUAGGUGUGAGGGUGUGUGUGAGUGUGUGUAUGUAGCCACACUGCUAGCAGAGGUUCUAAUUAGAAAAACAAGAACAUUCAGUGUAAAGUUUAAUUUUAGAGAUUAAUUAAUUUUCUGGUUUUCAUUUUCCCUGGCAAUCAAUAAAGCUACCAAGAAAAUAGA